AUGUCACAAACAACCUCCCAGGCCCCUGGACCAGCCAUGCCAAUUACACAACUUGACGGUAUCAACGACAGAGGCUCAGCGGCAAACCAAGUUUGCAAUCAACACCACUCUGUUCGAGAAACGCCGGUCUCCAACUUAGGUAACAUCCAUGACGCUUCCAGCUCCGAUGAACCCGGCAUCCAGAGUCCCAAAUCGAAGAAGACUCUGCUUCAGAUCGCAACGGUCAUGUCCUCACUCUGCGCCUGUGUCUUCCUCGCCGCACUUGAAUUGACAAUUGUGUCAACGGCACUUCCAACCAUCGCCGCCCAUUUUGCAUCUGAUUCGGGUUAUACUUGGAUAGGCACAUCUUUUGUCCUCGCCCACACUGCCUCGACACCACCCUGGGGCAAGAUUUCCGAUAUCUGGGGUAGAAAACCCAUAUUACUCGUCGCCAAUGUCAUAUUCUUUGCGGGUAGCCUUGUUUGUGCUCUGGUUGAUGACCUGGCGGUCUUUAUCGCUGGGCGGGCCAUUCAAGGAUUGGGCGCUGCUGGGAUGCAAACGCUGGUGAAUAUCUGUAUCAGCGAUAUGUUCUCACAACGGGACCGGGGGCUAUACUAUGGACUGACAUCGAUUGUCUGGGCCGUUGCGUCUGGAAUUGGUCCUGUACUUGGAGGCGCACUUACGGAUCGGUUGAAUUGGAGAUGGUGUUUUUGGAUCAACUUACCAAUCACCGCUGCAGUCUUUGUUCUCUUAUUCUUCACCCUCAAACUCCCAUCUCCCAACACCCCUGUUUGGGCAGGCCUGAGAGCCAUCGACUGGCCCGGCAGCUUUCUCAUCAUAGGAGGGACUCUAAUGCUGCUACUCGGUCUUUACCUUGGCGGCGUGUACGAGCCUUGGAACUCUGCAACAGUGGUGUCUCUCAUAGUUUUUGGUGUGGUCACUGGCGUGUUGUUCAUAUGGAAUGAGUGGAAGUUGGCAGAGUUUCCUGUUUUGCCAGUACAUCUCUUCAAGACCUGUUCAUCCUCUUCAGCAUACGCCGUCACAUUCUUCCAUGCGUUUGUGUUUCUCGGUGUUGCCUAUUACCUCCCGUUAUACUUUCAAGCAGUUCUCCUAGCGAGCCCACUGCGCUCGGGUGUGUUACUUCUCCCUUUCAUCUUACCCAUCUCGAUUUCUGCUGCUCUUACUGGGGCCUACAUCCAGUUCAGUGGCAAGUAUCUUCUUGUCUCUCGUGUCGGGUUGAUGAUCAUGACACUGGGAAUGGGCCUGAUGAUCAACCUGGAAAUUGACAUGAACUGGGCAAAAUUGAUCUCUUUCCAGACACUGACAGGAAUUGGGGUUGGCUUGAACUUUGAAGGUCCCUUGUUGUCUGUUCAGGCUGUUGUGCCGCAUAAGGACGUUGCGGCCGCGACCACGGCGAUGGGCUUUAUCCGAACACUGGCCUCAGGGAUAUCCGUUGUCAUUGGCGGGAUACUUUUCCAGAACGGAAUGAAAGGCGAAUAUCAGACUCUUGAAGAUAGUCUGGGUCCCGACCUAGCCAGGUUGUUCAAUGGUGCGUCUGCGUCUGCGAGCGUUGAUCUGAUCAAGACCUUACCGACAGAGUCGCAGCUUGUCGUGAGGACAGCAUUCUUCAAUGCUCUCGACAAGAUUUGGAUAAUGUAUACUGCAUUCUCCGGUAUUGGUUUGUUGCUCAGUUUCUUUAUGAAAGCGCAUCAUCUCAGCAAAGAUCAUCAGGAAGCGCACUUGGGCAUUCUCAAUGAGGCGCGGGAAUCAGACCAGGCAGGCGAGGUUGACUUUUCGACAGGCACCAGCGAGAGUCAGGAAAUGCGAUGCACCACUCCUAGACCCCGAGGUGUGUCAACAGCCUGA